AAAACUAGGCUCUGUACUGCUAAAUGUUCUCCGCACGGUUGUGUUGAAAAUGUUGUGUUUUCCGAAGACUUGUACUGGUUUUUAUAUACGACACACUAAGUGGUAGUACCUCAGAGCCUAAGUGGGAGUAGAGGGGAAAAGUCAAAGGUUGACACCGGGCGUCCCUUUGGCCAGAGCCGGUGUGAGCAGUGGGAGAGGCGCAGGCUUCGGGCCGGUGUAGGCCGCAGUCUCUAACACACUCAACCGCUCAUAAACAGACAUGUAUUUAGGAAAAACUGUGAUUCCUAAAUUGCCAGAUAGAUUGAAAUGCCCUAGAGGAGGCUUGGAUUUAUCCCUGAGAAUGUUUAGAAUUGAAAGUGGAGGUUUGUGUGCUGUGUUUUUGUCGCCUCUCGUCACUCCGAGCUCUGUCCCAGCUGUGAGGACGCACCUGACCGCCCUGUCACUCUCAAAUCCCUUACCGCCCAAACCAUGAAAAGUGAGUUACAGAGAUGACUUUUUAUAUAAUAUAUAUAUAAAACACUAGAUUUUAGACAGCUAAGGUUCAUUCUUAAAAUACCAAAAAUUAGUUGUUAUAAAAUCAAGAGUUUUGGGUUGUCUUUUAAAAUAAUUGCUAACUGGGAAUAAUCUCAUCUCAUCAUCUCUAGCCGCUUUAUGCUGUUCUACAGGGUCGCAGGCAAGCUGGAGCCUAUCCCAGCUGACCACGGGCGAAAGGCGGGGUACACCCUGGACAAGUCGCCAGGUCAUCACAGGGCUGACACAUAGACACAGACAACCAUUCACAUUCACACCUACGGUCAAUUUAGAGUCACCAGUUAACCUAACCUGCAUGUCUUUGGACUGUGGGGGAAACCGGAGCACCCGGAGGAAACCCACGCGGACACGGGGAGAACAUGCAAACUCCACACAGAAAGGCCCUCGCUGGCCACGGGGCUCGAACCCGGACCUUCUUGCUGUGAGGCGACAGCGCUAACCACUACACCACCGUGCCACCCAUUUUUAUUUAUCGAAUUUGCAAAAAAAUUAAAUAAAAAUGCUCUGUUUCUCAAAAUCCAGUGAAUGUGGAUAUCAUAAAACAGCUAUUCCACGCAAUUUUGUUGUACACGGUUUACAGAUCAUCUCAUUAUCUCUAGCCGCUUUAUCCUGUUCUACAGGGUCGCAGGCAAGCUGGAGCCUAUCCCAGCUGACUACGGGCGAAAGGCGGGGUACACCCUGGACAAGUCGCCAGGUCAUCACAGGGCUGACACAUAGACACGGACAACCAUUCACACUCACAUUCACACCUACGGUCAAUUUAGAGUCACCAGUUAACCUAACCUGCAUGUCUUUGGACUGUGGAGGAAACCCACGCGGACACGGGGAGAACAUGCAAACUCUGCACAGAAAGGCCCUCGCCGGCCCCGGGGCUCGAACCCAGGACCUUCUUGCUGUGAGGCGACAGCGCUAACCACUACACCACCGUGCCGCCCACUGGGAAUAUUAUUAGUGUAGUAUGAUGUAUAAAGGAUAAGCAUUCAAGAGCAUGCUGUUAUAGGAAAGUAAUCAACAACAGGAUGGUACAAUCCAGCACUGACACCAAGCAGCCAGCAUUCCUGUUCUCACCCAAAAGAGAAGAAGGAAGAAGAAACCUUUAUUUGUCACAUGCACACUUCAAGCACGGUGAGAUACAUCCUCUGCAUUUAACCCAUCUGAAGCAGUGAACACGUAUACGCACACACCCAGAGCAGUGGGCAGCCACACUACAGCGCCCGGGGAGCAGUCAGGGGUUAAGUACCUUGCUCAAGAGCACUUCAGUCCAAGGCCGCCCCAUCUUAAAGUGCGUAUCACGGGUAAAUUCAGAAGCAAGAUCAAUGUAAUUCUCCUAUUUUAUAUUAAACUUGGGUCAAAUAUCGGUCACGUUUUGUGCAAAUUUUUUUUACCUUGCGCAAUGCCAGAAAAAUUCAGUUGAAAUCAAGCCAUUUGAGGCGAAUUCGUCCGCCUCUGAAAAAACUUGGCAUUUGGAUUUUCCGGGAAACGUUGAUUUUCGUGACGUCACGUGCAGGACGCCUCCUUCUGAAUCCUACAUUAGCGCUGGUUUGUUUGAGAAAACGAUCUGGUGGUUUUCUGCAAAUUUCUUCAACGUUAUCACGUAAUUAUUAAAAUGGUUAACAGAUGUAUCGUAGGAGGGUGUAGCAACACCAAUCUUGAUGGGAUUAGUACUCAUCGUUUCCCAAAAGACUGGACAAUGAGAGAGAAAUGGGAGCGCUUCGUGCAAGGCACCCGGAAGCCGAGGCCCAAGCAGAGCCGAGAAAAAGACCAAGAAAAUCGGCAAUUCACAAGUUGACUGUUGCCAGAGUAAGAAAUAAUUCUGACAUCUCAUUAUGUUCUUUAUCCAAAGGUGACGUAACAUUGCGCUCAGGUGACAAUUCCAUAUUUCAAUGCAAAAUCGCUAGCUGCUAAACUUGGUCUACACAGGCUGUGCACUGAAACCGUGCAAGCUCGCGCAGCCUGCUGGCGCUUCCGCAGGUGACGUCACGAAUCUGGCUCCAGACUCCCUUGGGAUUUUUCCAGAUGCGUUUUAUUUUUUAUUUUUUCUGCUAUAGACAGAUGGCCUUGUGCAAAAUUACCCUUCUGGAUGAGUGUUUAAAGGGACAUACUUUCAUAUUAAAAAAAAAUUGUUCCAGAAUAUGCACUUUAACCUAACUGCAUGUCUUUGAACUGUGGGGGGAAACCGGAGCACCUGGAGGAAACCCACGCAGACACGGGGAGAACAUGCCAGCUCCACACAGAAAGGCCCCCGCUGGGCUCGAACCCAGAACCUUCUUGCUGUGAGGCGACAGUGCUAGCCACUACACCACCGUGCUGCCCCAAAAGUGGAGUAUUUUCCACACAAAACAGCAGCUUUGUUGCGUCUCGUUCUGGCGAGUUGCCGUGAUCUCCCCUGUACCAGUGCAAUAAGAUGUCCCGUAGCCCUGAGCUGAAGGAAGACCCCAUGGAGUGCCCUCUGUGUAUGGAGCCUCUGGAGAUCGAUGACGUCAACUUCUUCCCGUGUACCUGCGGCUACCAGAUCUGCCGUUUCUGCUGGCAUCGCAUCCGGACAGACGAGAACGGCCUCUGUCCAGCCUGCAGGAAGCCGUACCCGGAGGAUCCGGCUGUGUACAAGCCCCUCUCACAGGAGGAGAUCCAGAGGAUAAAGAACGAGAAGAAGCAGAAGCAGAACGAGAAGAAGCAGAAAGUGACGGAGAACCGGAAGCACCUGGCCAGCGUGCGUGUGGUACAGCGGAACCUCGUGUUCGUGGUGGGUCUCUCACAGAGGCUCGCGGACCCUGAGGUUCUUAAGAGGCCAGAGUAUUUUGGAAAGUUCGGCAAAAUACAUAAAGUGGUCAUCAAUAACAGUACAUCAUAUGCGGGCUCACAGGGUCCUAGUGCCAGUGCCUAUGUUACAUACAUCCGCUCAGAAGAUGCCCUCAGAGCAAUACAGUGUGUUAAUAAUGUGGUAGUCGAUGGUAGAACACUCAAGGCUUCUUUAGGAACAACAAAGUACUGCAGCUAUUUCCUCAAAAGUAUGCAGUGCCCUAAGCCGGACUGCAUGUAUCUGCAUGAACUGGGAGAUGAGGCAGCUAGUUUUACUAAAGAAGAGAUGCAGGCUGGGAAACACCAGGAAUACGAACAAAAACUACUCCAAGAUCUUUACAAAGCAAAUCCCAACUUUCUACAAACUUCAACAUGUGGAGGGGAAAAAUCUAAAAACAAAGCAAAUGCUACACAAAGACAGAACAGUGGUGGUAAAGAAGGUUGGCCUUUAUUACAAGGCUAUGGUAAACUAGUGAAUGGUUUACCUACAGAACAUCGGAAGUCCCCGCCCCUUUUAGAUUGUUUGACAGACUCGGAUCACCUGACCCCAGAAGAGCCAGACUCUGAGCUAGGAACAGAUCAAAACACAGGACUCUCGCACUUUCCUUCAGUUUUAGAACCUACCAGUCCUGUUGAUAAACCAACAGAACCUGUAAGUAUAGGGAACGGAGAGAAUAUAGCACAGGUCCCAGGCAGUGACUCCCCUUCCCCUCCACCUGGGUUUUCUAAGCCAAGCCUGGCAGUGCCCAUCAGCGUGGCAGAACUCGCAGCUCGCUCACCGUUUGAGGGAGCUCCUGCAGAGUCUCAGUCGCUAUUCUCAGACAACAGUAACUUCAGACAUCCGAACCCCAUCCCCAGCAGCCUGCCCUCUUUCCCCAGCUCCCCACAGGGUGGUUCUGACUGGCCCAUGACCCCUGAACCCCAAAGCCUCUUUACCUCAGACACCAUCCCUGUGUCCUCAUCCACUGACUGGCAAGCAGCUUUCGGCUUCGGCUCUUCGGCCAAGCAGCAGCAGCAGGAGGAUGAUCUAGGCUUCGACCCGUUCGAUGUGACAAGGAAAGCACUGGCUGACCUCAUUGAGAAGGAGCUGUCGGUGCAAGAAGCCUCACCACGUUCCCCAUCACUCCUCCCUAAUGGCCAGCCACGCCUUCCUCCACUGCAGCACCGAGGCCUCUACAACUCCUUCAGCCUGCCCACACACGCCCACACCACCCCUACACGCCAGCCCUGGAUGGGCCUGCCCUCGCGCAAUAACUUUGCACAUUUAAACCACAUCACACACAGCCAUUUCCUAGAUCCAAACUGUCCACCACAACACCACGGCACAGGCCUCGGGGGAAUCACUAUAUCAGCAGAAAACAGCGGUUCAGUGGAAAGCAUAAACGUGAAAGAGUGGCAGGACGGCCUGAGAGCACUCCUUCCAAAUAUCAACAUCAACUUCGGAGGCAUCCCAAAUUCCACAUCAUCCUCUUCCUCUUCCUCCUCUUCAUCCACCUCCAGUAUGAACCACAUGGGGGUCCCGACAGGAUCAGUGGGACUAUCGCACAGUCUGAGCUGGGAUGGCACAACGAGCUGGAUGGACCCAGCAAUCAUCACUGGCAUGCCAGCAUCCACCGGCAGCAAUUUGGACUGUGUGCAGGACGAAAACCCUCCGCACUGGCUCAAGUCUCUACAAGCUCUGACUGAGAUAGAUGGGCCGAGCGGUUCAGUGGUGUCUCAGCCUCGUCGCUCAGGCCUGCUGGACUCUGCAGUUCGGCUUCCUCUUCACAGAGGCAACUGGGCACCAUACCUCCCUCCUCCAUCACUCCCUCCCAGCCACUUCCACUCUCCUCCACCAGGCUUCCAGACAGCCUUCAGACCUCCAGCGCAGACGACAACAGACCUCCUACAGAGCGCCGCCAUGGAGCGCCACUAGGGACAGAACUUCAUCUCUCUUUCCAUCCCUGUUAACUUAACUGUAAUGAUGCGGCAAAUAUCCUGAUCAUUAAUAACAUAAGCUCUUAUUUGUCUGACCCCCUGUCCCUCUCCAUUAUUCCCCUCCUCUCUCCUGUAUUUUGAGGCGCACAUUAACAAACAGUUUGGUGAGGGCGGAAGGCCAUGGUUCAUAGGUAAGCAAUCAAGGAGGGUUUAAAAAACAUUCAAUGCGCACACUAUUAAUAAUGGUUAAAAACUCAUACAAUACUCGUCUGUUCUAGGCUCCAAUUUUGAUCUAAUACUGUGAAUGUGUUACUUAAUGACAGGGAUCUUAAUGACUAGUUUAUCAGUGAGGUCAUUUGAACAGUCAUUUCAUAGGAAGGAAAUACUUGUCAAUGAUGUUUGGACAGUCUUAUAUUGGCUCACAGAAAUAGGGGGUUAUGAAAACGGAGCCUUACCCUUGUGUAAGCAUGGUGUGUAUGCACAUAGGAGUCUUAAUGCCACAAAGCAUCGAUUUAAAGACCCCUGAUGCACCCCAGACAGCAAGCAGGGAGUCACUGCUGUACCUCUGUAUCAGAGGAUGGAGCGCUGCCCUGCUGAUGGAUGGGGGUUUGGGGCCUAUCUCACUACCACAUUACCUACAGUGGGUGAAAGAUGCCACCAUGUGGCACUUUGUCACUCCACUUCUAGUGAGAAGCAUUAGGACUGCAGUGCACAGUUGCUAAGCAUGACUAUCUGAAAUACAUAGUUGUGAUAAAGCUAAAGAAGGGUGGCAAAAAAUGGCAGGUAAAAUGCUGAUAACGUGAGCUCUAGUGAUGACUGUUUUAGUAACACCACCUAGCCAAUUCAGGCCCUCCUAAUCAUUUCUCUCCUUUUUUUUUUUUUUGUCUACUGUGUGGCCCGUACUAAGCAGUAUUUUCAGAUCUCAUUCAUCCUUUCAGGAAAAAUUCAAUAUAGUACAACCUAUUUGUUUUUAAACAUGCUGCUGAGAUAACACAUUUAAUACAAAGUGAAGAGCUAAAAAAGUAAGAGUUGACUUUUCUGCAGACCUGGAACAACAAAAUCCUAAAUAAAAUUGAAUACUCAGUG